AAAAUACGUUAUAUACUUAAUCUGCAUUGACAUGGGAUAUAAACUACAGAUGUGUGAUGAGAAUUUAAUUAGAAAAAUUGGUAAUUUGCAAACUGUGUGAAAAAUUUUGUAACCUAAAAUUAUUCUAGCCUGUAUUUGAAGAAUGAUUUAGCUUACUCAAUUAUUAUUUUGUAACCGAAAUUUUACUGUUUGUUAUUCGAAAUAUAGGAUAUUUUGAUAUUCGAGCCCAAACUUUAUGGUGAAAACACGAGCUGGCAAGUUUUCAAGAAAUGAAGUGGUGGUUGAGAAUUUUUUUUAUUUUCUGGAUGCAGCAAUUGUUAACUCUUAUAUUGUAAUGAAGGAUACAUGGAUCAAAGCGCAUCCUAGUGGUACCAAACCUAUGACACAGUUAGUAUACAGAAGUAAACUUGCAGGGUAAUUGAUAAAAGACUACUUCCAAGAAGACAAUUUUGAAGAAAAUCCCUUGAACGCUGGUCAUGAACUGGUUAAUUCUGGUCGCUGUAACUCACGCCGCUGUAGGUUUUGCAGCACAAUAAGUCAAAAGAAGCGUGUAUGAAUGUAAAACAUGCAAUGUCGCCUUAUGUGUAGAAUGUUUUAGACCCUAUCAUUUACAAGGUUCAUUAGCCAUACAAUAAUAACUAACAAAGUUACACGGGCAAUAAUCAUAAAUUAAAUAAAUAACCCAUACCAAUGGAAAAUUUAAAGCAAUUUAAAAAGAUUCCUAUAUAUGUAGUCGAAGAACAUAAUGAUGUCUUACAAUUUGUAUAUUCCGCUAUUGGUGGAAAAAAGUUGCCGUUAGAAGGAACCACAUUAUUGCAUUUGGAUGCUCAUCCAGAUAUGCUUAUAGAUCGUAAGUUAAAAGGGGAGGAAGCAAGAGGAGGGAGGAAAGUUUUACAAUUAUUACAGAUAGAAAAUUGGAUUGUACCAGCGGCUGCCGCGGGGCAUAUAAACCGCGUUGUAUGGAUCAGACCACCGUGGGCGAACCAAUUUAGCGAUGGAUCACGAAUAAUUCAUGUUGGAGACCACCCCGCAACGGGCUUUCUCCGAGUAGAUAGUAGAGAACCCUAUUAUUUAUCGGAUGCUCUAUAUUCGUCACAGCUUGUGAACAAAAGAAAGUUUAUGUUAACUGUCGCAGAACUGAGCAGUCGUAUGGAUUCUAAUGUGCACAAUUUAUGUAAUCAGCUUGAUAUCCACAACCCAUUUGUACUAGAUAUUGAUCUGGAUUUUUUCAGUACAGCUAAUCCUUUCUUGGCUCUUUAUAACAAUAUAGGUCUGUAUGAUUUGUUAGAAGAUUUAUUUCAUUUUGAUGUACCUGAAAACGACGAUAUAGAAAGUAUUGAAAAAACGGUCAAUUUGCGAGAAAUACAAUUACAAGAAUUAGAAGAUUUAUUUAUGUGUAUGGAAGAAAAUGGAAAUUUGGAGAAUUACACAGGAAAUAAAGGCUUAUAUUUUGAAAAGGUUUCAGCGUUGGUUCCAAUUAUAGAGGAGGAAGCAAAACGCCUUGGGGAGCGUCCGGACUGGUGGGCUGUGUUCGCUAGUGGGUGUACAAGAGAUCAGGGUGGGCUGCCUCAUCAUAUCAGCUCUGAAGAAUUAAUUAAGGCCACCAUUGAAAUGUGUCUCAAACCAUUUUUACAAGGCUUACCACCCCCUAUUUUCAUUACAAUAGCUAGAUCUACAGAUGACGGCUAUUGUCCUCCACAUCAGGUUGAGUUAAUACAAUCUCAGGUUCUUCGCGCUCUAAAGGAAAUAUACGUAACGGACGAACCCAUUUUACAUUACUUAGAUAAGAUCAAGGAAUAAAGAUUAAAGAAAAUGUC